AUGAGCAGUACUUUUGUGACAUUAGCCGAAGUAUUAGAGGCUCGAGGGGGCCCUCUUCUGGAGGAAGAGGUCUGGUCCCUCCUGCUGGCUACUGCAGAGUCUUUAGUGGAUGUCGCUUAUAAAGGUCACAACAACAUGUGUACCAUUAUAAGUCCCACCUCGUUACUGUUGUCGGCCUCUGGUACUUUGGCCUUUAAGAACUGUGGGCUCUCAGAAGAAGUAUCCACCUUCACCGCUCCAGAGAUGCUCCAGAGCCGAGCUGGUGCCAAACCUGCCACAGAGAGGAUGCUAGUCUACUCACUGGGCAUGACUCUCUACUGGUCAGUUGAUUUUCACCUACCUCAAAAUCAGCCAGUCCAGUUGAGUGACCACCUAAACAGCCUGCUCCUCAGCAUGUGUGAGGACCUGUCCCAUCGCAGGAUUAAUCUAAACUCCAUCCUAGAGGCAUGUGAAUCACAACAUAAAAACUCCAUCUUGCCAUCCCCCACACAAGUGAUAAGACAGCUGGUGGAGGAGGUCUUUCAUGACUCGGACAAUGGCUCUCUGACAGACAGUAAUGUCCCCCUCAGCGGCCGCAGCCAAAUGAUCAGAGAAAGACUUCAUGGAAAGAGAGGGAAUUUAGCCGACUUUAAUGACAGCUCGGCGGGAGAAGGGAGAAGAUACUCAACUGACUCAGACUCAAAGUCAAGUAGUUUACCACACAGACCUUGGAGAAAAAGACCGAGAAGUUCUCCAGCACCUCUUUAUCACUCUUCGCUAGACAGACUGCACCGCGGAGUUCGGUACAGGGAGAGCAACAGCAGCUGGAUCGGCAGAAGUCCACAUCACGACAUUUCUCCUAAAACGCCAGGACGGUCUAACAGUCCCUCCAUCACCUUCAGUGAGUCCUCCAUAAGCCUCAGCCAGAGGAAAAACAAGUCUCUAGGUCCCGAGUUCAUAAGAAUGUCAGAUGAGCAACAAGUCGUUCUAGAGCUUCCAGGGUCUAUUGUGUCAAGAAAAGGCCGCUCCUGUUCCUCUCAGAGAGAAGUGAGUGUGGUGCUUCCCUGUGGACACUAUGUGGUGGUUCGCUGUGACAUCAAGUCCAAAGCCAGAGACGUGUUUGAUAUGGUCGUGGCCCAUGCAAAUUUAGUGGAACAUUUCUAUUUUGGUCUUGCAUUUAUAGAUGAUGAUGAAUACUUCUUUUUGGACCAUGAAACUAAAAUCUCUAAAGUAGCUCCUGAUAGUUGGAAAAAAGGGCAGAUUUCUUCUUUUCUGGUAUUUUUAAGAGUAAAGUUUUUUGUUGAUGACAUCAGUUUCAUUUUGCACAAACUGACACGUCACCAAUACUACUUGCAGAUGCGUAAAGAUAUUUUGGAGGACAGACUUUAUUGUAAUGAGGAGACAGGCCUGUUCCUGGCUGCUCUGGCUUUGCAAGCAGAGUUUGGGGAUUACAUGCCAGAGUUGUAUGGAAAGAAUUAUUAUCAACCUGAACAUUAUGUGUCCAAAAGAAUGCUAGAAAAGCUUGCGCUGCCCAGUAUCAGAGAAGAGCUGCCAAGACUUCAUGCAAGUCAUUCUCAGAUGCUGCCAGAGGAGGCUGAGACGGAAUAUCUAAAGAUUUGCCAGCAGCUUCCAGAGUACGGUGUCAUGUUUCACCGCGUGGGCAGAGAAAAGCGGCCUGUGGUGGGAGAGUUGGUUUUAGGCGUCUGUGCUCAAGGAGUUAUUGUUUAUGAAAUGAAAAACCACCUGCGUAUUGUCACCAGACGUUUUCUUUGGAGGGAGACAGACUCAAUAUCCACUGGGCGCCGUAAACUCAUUAUUGAGUGCGGAGGACCUAGUGGUAAAAAACAUGGCUUUGUGACUGAGAGCUCUAAAAUAGCUCAGUACCUUCUGAGCCUUUGCUCAGCUCAACAUAAGUUUCACAGUGAGAUGACAUCACGGCAGCUUAACCACAGUCUAAUUCCAGAUGAAAGUAUAGACAAGUACAUGUCAAUUUACCAAGCACGCAACUUAAGACUGAAGCAGAUCUCGUGCUCCGAGGGCAUGUUGAACCAUGUGGGAUUGACUCCAGGCCAAGAAGACUCUAUGUCCAAGUCCUGCGACGACAUCACUGCCAAACUGGAGGCCCGACUCCGACAGCAGAGGGCCAUGAGGCGAGAGAUGAGCCGCGAGCUCAACAAAGAUCACAGCGAGAUUGGAGACGCCAGGGAUGUGAAAGAAAUGACCUGGAGCAUUACAGAACCCAGGCGGAUGUCAAUUGUCUCCUUGCAAAAACAAGACUCAGAAGCAUCUUCUAUACGAGUUGACACGCCCACAAGAAGCACACCAGAACGAGAGAUAGUGUGUGUAGCCCUGAAAAAGGAUCCUAAACUUGGCUUUGGCUUUGUGAUUGUGGGAGAGGAUAAUACUGGUAAACUUGACCUCGGGAUCUUUAUCGCUUCUAUUGUACCUGAUGGACCUGCGGACAAAGAUGGGCGGAUAAAACCUGGUGGUCGCUUAAUUUCCUUGAACAAAAUCAGUCUUGAAGGAGUAACGUUUAGCGAUGCAGCAGCCAUCUUACAAAAUAGUCCUGAUGAAGUUGAGCUAAUUGUCUCUCAGCCAAAACAAACCCUCAAGGACAGGACCAGCUCCCUGAGCCAGAGCAGCCUGGGUCUGGCUCUAGAGAGGAACUUUGGCUCUCAGACCACUCUGAGCGGGACAGAGUACCGUCCGGCUGUGGAGGAGCUGGAGGAGGCCAUGACUCUCUCCAACAUGGCAACGCCUAAGCAUAACAAACGGCUGCACAUUCCUGUGGUGCGCAUCCAUGACGCCCAGGACGUGUGUUCACGCUCGCCAUCAAUCAUCAGUCUAAAAGGUGGUGAAAAGUUUAUAGUUGAGCUGAAGAAAGUCAAUGGAAGUCUUGGCAUAAGUGUUGCGGGAGGAGUAAACACCAACGUCCGCUUUGGAGGCAUCUACAUCAAGACUCUGGUCCCUGGAGGAGCUGCAGAAAGAGAUGGACGAAUUCAAAUAGGUGACAGACUGCUGGAGGUUGACGGGUCGAACCUUAGGGGCGUGACUCACCAACAGGCUGUGGAGUGCCUGAAGAGAACUGCAGAGGUUGUGAGUCUGUUGUUGGAGCGAGAACCCACCAUAGUCCUGGAGUCUAAACCGGACCCACCCUGCCCCCCCUCAGUGCAGACACAGCCCCCCAGGACCGAAGUCUCCAUGGAAACAACCUUGAGCGGACGAGCGAAGGACUACAGCUUUGUGACUGAUGAUAACACUCAUGAGGUGGUUCUGAGGAAGAGUGUGACCGGCCUGGGCUUCAGCUUCUACAUCUCACAGUUGAACUCGGUGUCGGACAGAGGAAGUCUCGUCCGAAUAAAACGGCUGUUUCCUGGGCAACCGGCCCUGGAGAGCGGUCUGCUGCGUGAAGGAGACGUGAUCCUGUCCGUUAACAAUGAGCCAGUCAAGGACCUUUCCUAUCAGAGAGUUUUGUUUCUGCUUCGUGGUGCACCAUCUGAAGUUCACCUACAGAUCUGCAGACCUGGAGCUGGGGCACUGUGCGACAUAGAUGACAACACACUGAGUCCGGCCCCCAAACGAGAGGUUCGGUCACGCUCUUUGGAUCUUCGCUUAGGAGAAGACUACAACCACAUUUUGAAAUUUAACUUUGAUGCCAAUAUUCCUGCACUCACACAGCCUGUCUGCGCAAACCAAGAGCAAAAUACAAACAACCAAUCAGAGAAAAUACGGUGCCGGAGCCCAGUAUCAGGAAAUCCCAGUGUGCCAUCACCUCCACGAUCUCCCCCAAAAUGCCCAGCCUCCCCUCCUUCUCCCAUCACUCCCCCCUCACCUCCUUCACCCCCCUCCCCUGUGGAUACUGAACCCAAACCAGCGACAGCACCAAGAGACCAGCACCCAGAGGAGCCCACAGAAGAGCACAGUGUGGCCGUGAUCAAGAGGGAUGUGAGAAAAGCAGGAUCUCAUGUAACAAUCAUGGAUGUCUGUUCAAAAAGCUCCAAUGACUCUACCAUGUACACCAGUGGUAUCAGAGAGGAGGCGGACGGCAGCGUCACAUACUGUCUUGUUGGAAAUGGCCUGACAAUAAUGGCAGAUGAGGAGUAUUUGACCAUCAGCUCGACCCUGGAGCCAUACCACAAAUCCAGCCUUUCCCUUUACCCAGACCUUCCAGCACAAAGUUCUAAAAAGCCAGAUUCUACCUCUCAUCAAAGCGUGCCCAACCCAAGCAUAGUUUCUCAUAAGUCUGGAAGAACUAUCUCACCCCUGAACCUUUCAUCUGACACUCCAACCACAUGUCCUCUAUCCCAUCCAGCGCAGCCUCUCACAACACAACCUCCCAAAGCCAAACACCACCCGGUUCAACAAGGGCUACUUACAAGUCACCAAAAAGGCACACGCAAAAAUAGCAGACCGCUGGUACCACCGCCUCGGCCUCCAGCUCCGACUGUUACCCCCAUCACUGCUCAGGUCAGCCCUAUAGCCCCACCCAGCGCUACCUCCCCAAUGCCUCCACUGCUUCCUCCGCUUCCACUGCCAAUCCAAAGAGAGGGGGGGGAGAAAAGAGAAAAGAACUACAAGAACUAUGAUGAUGAUGAUGAUGAAUAUGACGAGGAGGAAGAGGAGAGUCGAAGAAAGGGAAUUAUUAAAGAGUUUGAACUCUCCGUGCUUCUCACAAAAUCUCGAAACGGCAGCUUUGGAUUCACAAUCACACGAAGCAAACUGGACAACUGCUACUACAUACAAGAAAUCCUGGAUAACCCCGCCAAAGCCGACGGCCGCCUCAGAGCUGGAGACCGCCUUGUUGUGGUUAACGGGCACGAUGUGACCAGUGUAUCAGAUGAAUUUGCUAUGUCGAUACUCAGAUCUUCUCCAAGACGUCUCAGUAUGAUUAUUGGUAGAGCGGUGACCAACCUGGUAGCUCCCCCUUCGUGUGACAACCUGCCAGACAUCAUUCUGUAUAAAACUCCUUCCGGACAGCUAGGCAUUAAGUUGACUGGUGGUAUUGGUAGUAAAUGGCAGGGAAUUUACUGCCUUGAGGUGGUACCAGGGUCGCCGGCGAGUGAAGAGGGCAGUGUUCAACCUAAUGACAAGAUUCUCUACAUCUGUGGAAAGUGCACGCUGGGAAUGACACUGGAGGAUGCAGUGAAAGCAUGUGAGAACGCGCCACGAAAAGUGAAGCUGAAAAUUAUCAGAGACGAACAACCGGUGACCCCCAAGGCUAAAUGGAAUGGACUAUUUGAUUGGAAAAAGGACAAAAAGUUCUUUGCCCGUUUUGAAGACCCUGUCUCCCCAGAGAGAGACGCUCCCUCUGAUGAAGAGGCUGUAUCUCGGACAGCGGAUCGAUUUAGAUGCCUCUCAUUGAACCAAGAACAAGAUAGCUGCAUCAUGCAAGUGGAGUUCACCAAGCCUGAAGGAGGAGGACUUGGCUUUGCUUUGGUUGGAGGGACCAACGGCAGCAUGCUUCGAGUCAGGGAGAUCUGCUCUGGGGGAGUGGCUGAGCAGGAUGGGCGCCUGAAAGUGGGAGAUAUUCUAUUAGAGGUAAAUGGAGUUAUUGUGUCUGGACUGAGCCAUAGUAAAGUGGUGGACAUCCUGCGUAAAGCUGAGGGCACGGUGCAGCUCACUAUCUGCAGAGACAUUCUGACCUACAGUGAGUCGCCACCUCCUUCCAACAUUGGUCCCACUGAGGACAUUCAAGCGGAGCAGCCGGCCUCUCUACCGGGCGUCAACACUGGGCCAGAACCAGACAUCGAUCAAAACAGCCCUGUGGAGCUCCCUCCAGCAGCAGAGACUAUGGUCCUGGAAGCACAUCUGUGUCUAACUUCACCUCCUCCAACUAAACACCGGCUUACAGUCGUCACUGACGAAAUAUCUAUUCAUCAGGACAGCUGUAACAGCUCCCCUUCUCACCAAGCUUGCUGUCCACCCCUCAAUGUCACUGACAUGUUGCAUGGAGCUACUGACAGGAAACAUAUUGUGACCAAAGUUUUGGAUCAGUCUUGCAAAGAUCCCCGGAAAACGCAGACCAAUUGUUGGAGCAGCGAAGAAGAUGAUGAUGUAUUUGCCAACAAUAAAGAAAUACUAACUCAGUCAGACACACCAAUUGUAUCUGAGGAAGAGCUGUCUGCACUCGCUGCAAUCAGUCCAUCUAAAACCAGCCAGUAUUCAGGCUCCAGAGUCAAGGCCCUCAUCCAAAUCCUGCAACACCAGCUGGACCAACAAGAGCUGAUUAAGGAAUUCAUGGCUUUAGAGCAUCUGAAGCCCACAGACAACUGCCUGGUGGCAAAAGCUCCUGAAAACAGAGACAAAAACCGCUACAGAGAUAUUCUCCCUUAUGACCAAACACGCGUUUGCAUUGGUGAAAACCAGGACUACAUCAAUGCCAGCUUUAUACGCAUGCAUUUUGGAGAGGAGGACUUCUUCUACAUCUCCUGCCAGGGUCCUCUGCCUUCCACAGUACAGGCUUUCUGGCAAAUGAUCUGGGAAAACAGGUCAGACGUUAUUGCCAUGAUGACACAGGAAGUUGAAAGAGGAAGAGUGAAAUGCCACAAGUACUGUCCAGAGAGGUUAGAUGUGCCCCUGGAGGCAGGCCAGUACCAGCUUCAUUUGGAGAAUCAACAACGGCUGGAGUACUUUCAGAUAAAGAUAAUUCGUAUGGUUGAAAAACAGACUGGAGAAGCUCACAUUGUCCGUCACUUAAAGUUCACUCACUGGCCGGACCACGGAGUGCCCCACAGCUCAGAGCAGCUGGUCCGCUUCAUUCGGUACCUGAGGGCAGUGCACCAUAAAGGCCCUGUCACUGUGCACUGUAGCGCAGGCAUCGGCCGAGCAGGAGUUCUCAUCUGUACAGACAUCAUACUCAGCCUUAUUGUCAAUGAUAUGCCUAUUAACGUUAGUGACAUUGUAAAAGAAAUGAGACGCCAACGGCAUGGCAUGAUUCAGACAAAGGACCAAUAUCUUUUCUGCUACAAAGUCUGGCUGGAGGUUUUACAAGGCAUUUUGGAGCUUCAUGGCAAUCACUGGCAGCCAGACAGUCCCAGAGACCACAGAGUGGUUUGA